AAAGAGAGAGAGAGAGGUUGUGGUAAGGCCCCAAGGGUUGAGACUGAUUCAGCGAGCCUGUCUGAUGAUGUGUUAAAGGGGUUGAGAGACAAAAAAAGCAAGGGAUGGACAGAAGAAAGGAUGGAAUGGGCAGACGAAAGAGAAGAAGAGGGAGAGCAGUAGAACAGAGGAUGGACAGAGAGGUGAGGGAAAACAGCAACAGGAUCAGGAGGUCGACACUGAAGAUUUUCCAAAGGAGGCGGGGGAGAAAGAGCGUGAAGUACAGGACGGGUUGAAAGGAGAGACAGAAGCCCCGUAACUGCUGACGGGGUAGAAAAGCAAGAGAAGAGGAGUGCGGCUAACCUGAUGGGAGAGCCCAGAGGAGGAGGAGGAGGAGGAGGAGGAGAAGUCAAGCUACGUUCAUCCCUCCUUUAUCUCUCCUUCAUCCCUCACUUUAAAGUUGUGCAGCAGCCCUCACAGGAAGGAGGCGUUUAUCACGUUUAUCCCGCGCCAGCUCUCGAACAAACACCAAAGCGGAAGCAACACUGUGGGGAAAAAUAAUCCGGAUAUUACCAACAAGUUCAGUGGAUCUACGCCUGGACACAGACGUCUUUACCUCAGAGUUGCUGCACUGAUGUGAAGAUCUUCUUGUUUGUCUUGAAAAGGCUUGGUUCUGCGAUUCUGAGUUUUGGCUGAUCUUCAUGAGUUAAAAAACAAAUGGACGAGUAGGAGGCUGAUGAAGGACUCAUUUCAUUAUCUGCAGCAAUUUAGCUAAAACUGAUCAACAGACGCUCUGCAAUAUGGGAAGGCUGUGAAUGCUUGGAGUGUGAUAUAGGACAGAAUGUGGUGUGGUUACAUGACCUAUGAUUUAUAUCUGGAUUAACAGGCCACCAGGUGAUCAAGUAAAUACUCCAGCAAUGUUCCUUCAAUUGCCAUAUUACAAUAUUUAAAACUGACAUGUAUAAAAAUGAUUAAUAUUUUGAGUCUGUGAGCUGACCAAGCUUGCUUAAUUCAGGUCCUUAUCUGUUCUUUUCUCUAGCUGUUUCAACCUUCUUGCGAAAGCUCUUAUCUGAAGCUACGUGUUUUGGAGACCAGUGCAGAAGGAUCGCGCAUCUGUCAGCGGCACAGUUUAAAAAGACUCUCGUCUGUUGUUGACACUUGCAAAUAACAUCCACGGCGCAUGAUGGCUUUUACACGUCUGGACUGUGUAAAAGCGCAGCAAUCCAUGCCUUUAUUUAUGCACGCCUGCUCUCGGGAGGAAUGACCUAACAUGGAAACGCUGACUUCUCCGCUCAUCACCAAAAUAAAUGAGGCCGGAGAGGACGUGUCGUUUUUUUUCUUUUCUCAUGCGCAGGUCUGCUCGGCUGACAUUUUCUCAUAAAUAUCUCUCACUUCCUCUUGUUUUUGUCCUGUUCGACCAAAUGAAACUCCUUUUAAUCUGAAGCAGUCUGAGUGCUUCAGUGCCAAGUGUCAUGGCCCUUGCUGGUGCACACUAGCUCGAUUCCUUCCCUUUCAACCAAAGCCUUCCUUUCACAAAGAGGGCCCCUAAAAUUCUCUCAGUCAUGAGUAUCCAGGGUAUGGAACUGUUUGCCAUAGCAGUGGUCAUUAUUCUCUUCGUGGCCGUCCUUAAGCAGUUUGGCAUCCUGGAGCCCAUGUCUCUGGAAGACAGCAGCGACAGCGACUUGGAGCUGGCCACCGUCAGGCACCAACCCGAGGGCCUGGAGCAGCUGCAGGCUCAGACCAAGUUCACCCGCAAGGAGCUGCAGUCGCUCUACAGGGGCUUCAAAAACGAAUGCCCGAGUGGCCUGGUCGAUGAGGAAACUUUCAAGACCAUCUACUCUCAGUUUUUUCCCCAAGGAGAUGCCACCACAUACGCUCACUUCCUGUUUAAUGCUUUUGAUCUGGACAGAAAUGGCUCCAUUCGCUUUGAGGAUUUUGUGAUCGGUCUUUCUGUGCUCCUGAGAGGCUCCGUCACAGAAAAACUGAACUGGGCCUUCAACCUUUACGACAUCAACAAAGAUGGCUACAUCACCAAAGAGGAAAUGCUGCUGAUCAUGAAGUCCAUUUAUGAUAUGAUGGGCAGAUACACUUACCCCAGCGUACGAGACGAAGCACCAUCUGAACAUGUGGAGAAGUUCUUUCAGAAAAUGGACAGAAAUCAAGACGGAGUGGUGACAAUCGAGGAGUUCAUCGAGACGUGUCAGAAGGAUGAAAACAUCAUGAGCUCCAUGCAACUCUUCGAGAAUGUGAUAUAGAGAUAUAAAACAGGCCACUCACUACAGAUACAACAAACUCCUGCGGAAAAAAAACACUCCUCCAUUAUCCAAAUCUCCUCACACGAAGCCAGGAGCACAGCGUCUGGCACUCCAACCUGAUAGAGACACGUAGAGUAAAGAGGGCCGGGGAGGGGGAAAGGAAGGGAGGGGGGGUAUAUUACUGCACAGCACAAAGUAUAUGAGGAAAAAUCAGAAGAGGAAUGCGGAUGAAUGCAGAAGUAUUCGGGGAAAAAAAAGCAAAUGGAUUUUCGGGAUUGAAUGACGUGAGAUCUUCAUUUUCUUCCUUAAGCUCUCUGCUCCAGUCUGUACAGAUUGUAUGGAUUAUCCUGUAGAUUUCACAGACAUCGCACUUCCUCGAGUGACCACCAGGGGAGCCAAAGACUCAAAGAAGCACAAGGGAGGAAAGGAGGGAGGGAUGGGAUGGGAUGGGAUGGGAAAAAUCACCAAAAAAAAAAAAGACUAAGACAAAAAAAUAUUGAACUUAAGCAUGCUCAUCCAAAACGACGUGUGAUUUUCGUGGUUUGCCUGCACUGAGAAUGACGAAGUUGUACAUUUCCUUCUUUUUGUUUGUGGGCCAGUAGAUUUCUCCCAGAGACCACACACACUACAGGACUCGUAUGUAUAGCGUGACGUAGCGUAACUUAUACUUUCUGCUUGAAUCUUUAUUGCACUGAUCAUCAACAAGGCAUCUAAGGACAUAUCAGGCCACGGUUUGGCUUUUUUUCUUCUGAAUUUAACAAUUUUUUUAAAGCUUGUCUUGUUGUAUUGGAAAGAUUUUAAAAUUUUAUUUAGUGAUAUUUGGAUUAAAUACAGAGUGUGAAGGUGUUGCGAUAUCGCGAGAAGAAUGACUUCAUGUUCUUCACAUAAUUGAGUAAUAAUUCGAACCCACACAUGCAGCAAUGUAAAUGUGUUAAUAUUAUUUAUUCUGUUUAUUUGAUAAAGAAUAAUAUCUUAUGUUGUUAUGAUGAAUAAAGAAUGCACUUCUCUUAAUUCGACUUCACACGCAGUGUUACGAUGAUUACUGAAAAUUACAUCAUAAUCUGAAAAACUUCUUAAGGACUAGUUUUCUU